AUGAUCAUCGAAAUUGUUGUGUUUUUACUAACUUCUCUCAUAGUAUAUUUUAUUUAUACACACAAAAGUAUUCAUAAGUAUUUCGAUGACCGCGGCAUAAAAUAUUUACCCGGUGUUCCUGUUUUUGGAAAUAAUUUAAGGAGCUUGUUUCUUAAAUGCCAUGUUCUGGACGAUCUUGAAGCUGUAUACAAAGCCUUCCCAGAAGAGAGAUAUGUGGGCUACAUCGAAGGCACGAGUAAGAUAAUUAUUAUUAGAGAUCCGGAGAUCACUAAAAAUAUCACAGUAAAGGAUUUUCAACAUUUCACUGACCAUAAGAUUUUCUUCUCGGAAGAAACUGAGCCUCUCUUUGGAGGAAGCCUUUUUAGUAUGAAAGGUGAGAGAUGGCACAGCAUGCGAACAACCCUCAGCCCAGCGUUCACCAGCUCCAAGAUGCGUCUCAUGAUGCCGUUCAUGAGCGAAAUUAGUUCCAACAUUGUAGAAUAUCUAAAAGGUCACACAAAUGAAGACGUUGAUGUUCAAGACGUAAUGCGACGAUAUACCAAUGACGUCAUAGCUUCUGCUGCCUUCGGUCUUCAAGUGAAUUCAGUCAAGGAUCGAGACAAUGAAUUUUUCACAAUCGGCAGAGAUCUUUUUUCUUUUACUUUAUUCCAAAGAUUUUAUAUGAUUCUUGUAGGCUUAUUUCCGAACUUUACAAAGACUCUAGGAAUCACGAUAUUUCCAAAAAAAGUUAUCAACUUCUUUAAAGGACUAGUUGUGAACACGAUGCAACAUAGAGAAAAAAACAAUAUCUACAGACCUGACAUGAUACAAUUACUGAUGGAGGCUUCUAAAGGUACAUUGAAAGAUGAAAGUGAUACAAACGGUAAUAAAUCAGAAAGUAACGAAGCAUCCAAACAAAAACCUGCAAAAGAAUGGUCUGUAGAAGAAAUAGCGAGCCAAGUUUUCAUAUUCUUUGCCGCUGGAUAUGAAACCUCAGCAUCAACUUUAGUCAUGUGCGUUCAUGAAUUGGCUCUGAACCCCGAUGUCCAAGAGAAAUUGUAUCAAGAGAUCAAAGAGUUCAAAGAGAAACACGGAGAAAUUACCUUCGACCAUAUACAUAAUCUAAAAUAUUUAGAUUGCGUUUUAAAUGAGACCUCAAGAAAAUGGUCAGCAGCUUUGAUUAUGGAUAGAACCUGUACUCUUCCUUAUGAACUUCCUCCCCCCCGAGAAGGAGCAAAGCCUGUACAACUACAACCUGGAGAUGUUGUUUACAACAUGGUAAAUUGUAUUCACAUGGAUCCCAUCUACCAUCCUAACCCUGAAAAGUUUGAACCCGAAAGAUUUUCAGAUGAGAACAAGCAUAAAAUUAAACCAUUUACAUAUAUGCCCUUUGGUAUGGGUCCUCGGAUCUGUAUUGGAAUAAGAUUCGCGCAACUUGAGCUUAAAAUUCUGAUCUUUGAACUUUUGUCAAACUUCAAGAUCGUUAAAUGCUCGAAAACUAUGGACCCUGUAGUAUUGAAACCACACGCUUUUAAUAUACAACCAAAAGAUGAUUCCAUUGUCAGAUUUGUGCCCAGACAUGAUCAUUAA